AUGUUAGACCUAUCUUCAGAAUCUGAGACUGAAUAUCAAGAUCAUAGACAGCCAAGCGACCGCAGAGUGGAAAGUGAAAGAAAGCAGAUUUGGGCACAUAUUGUCAAGAAGGAUAUUCCAAGAAUGAACCGUAUUCUUUCUCGUGUACAAGCAACUCGAUCAGGCAACUGCAAAAAGAUCGCACAGUAUUGCCAAAAGGAAGUGCGACGAGCAGCCACAAAUGGUGGACGUGCCAACCGUGAUCUGCAGAAUAAAGCUAAACGUGUUAGUAAAGAAAUGUUGUUAUUCUGGAAGAAGAACGAAAAGGAAGAGCGUGAGCUUAGAAAGAAGGCCGAGAAAGAAGCACUUGAUCGAUUGAAGCAAGAAGAAGAGCGUAGAGAAGCUCAACGACAAGCUCGUAAAUUGAAUUUCUUGAUCACUCAAACAGAACUCUACAGUCACUUUAUUGGAAGGAAGAUUAAGCAGGAUACAGAAGAAGAUGAAGAAACGGCACAACCAGCGCCUUCAGGAUUAUCUACUCCUUUAGAACCUGUUUUGCCACAAGAUGAACUGGAUGAACAGGCUGGUAUUACAAAUCUUGGAGCGGUUGAUUUUGAUGAAGAUGAUGAAGCUGUGCUCAAAGAAAAGGCAAGAUUAAGUGCACAGAAUGCCUUGGCCAAACAACGUGAAAAGACAAGAGAAUUUGAUGUUGGUGCUCGUGAAAGACGUAUCGCAGCUGGUGAUGAUGUCAAUGUCAAUCAAACGGCACUUGAUGAUAUGAACUUCCAGGAGCCUUCUAGUAUGGGAUCUGGUCCUGAAGUAAAACAGCCUAGCAUGUUGAUGUGUCAACUUAAAAGCUACCAACUCAAGGGUCUCAACUGGCUCGCCAAUUUGUAUGAGCAAGGUAUCAAUGGCAUUCUUGCUGAUGAAAUGGGGUUAGGAAAGACUGUCCAAUCUAUCUCAUUACUGGCAUAUCUUGCAGAGGUACAUAAUAUCUGGGGUCCCUUUCUUGUAAUUGCACCUGCUUCUACAUUGCAUAAUUGGCAACAAGAAUUUACAAAGUUUGUUCCUCAAUUUAGGGCACUUCCAUACUGGGGUAAUCCUAAAGAUCGUAAAACGUUACGUCAAUUUUGGAGUCGUAAGCAGCUGUAUGGCAAAGAUGCACCUUUUCAUAUCGUCAUUACAAGUUAUCAACUUAUCUUGACGGAUGUAACUUACUUUCAACGUGUAAAAUGGCAAUACAUGAUCUUGGAUGAAGCUCAAGCCAUCAAGAGUUCAUCUAGCGCUCGUUGGAAGCAACUACUUAGCUUCCAAUGCCGUAACCGACUGCUGCUUACGGGUACACCUAUUCAGAACAGUAUGCAAGAACUGUGGGCUCUGCUUCACUUUAUCAUGCCUACCUUAUUUGAUUCACACGAAGAGUUUAGUGAAUGGUUUUCAAAGGAUAUUGAAAGUCAUGCCGAAAAUAAAGGCUCGCUUAAUGAGCACCAACUUCGUCGACUUCAUAUGAUCCUGAAGCCCUUCAUGUUGCGCCGUAUCAAACGUAAUGUUCAGCAUGAACUUGGUGAAAAGAUUGAAGUCGAAGUGUUUUGUGAACUGACUGCGAGACAAAGAGCUUUGUAUCGGGGACUUAAAGAAAAAAUAUCCAUUUCUGAAUUGCUUGAAAAAGCAACUUCCCUCAGUGACAACGAGAGUAUGGACAGUUUGAUGAAUUUGGUUAUGCAGUUCCGUAAAGUAUGCAACCAUCCUGAACUAUUUGAGCGUGGCGAUGUGCAAGCACCUUUUUCCUUUUGUAGCUUUAGUGAAACUGGUUCUUUAUCCAAAGAAAGCUAUCUUUACUGUCCUUAUUCGGCUACAAAUCCUAUCAAGUACCAUAUUCCCAAGCAGCUCUAUCGUGACGGUGGCAUGUUGAAAACAAUUGGGCCCAAAACAAGAGCAGGCUUUGACACCAAGUAUCUUGAUAACUUGAUGAACAUUUGGAACAGCGAUUAUAUUCAUCAAUCUGAAUUUUCAAAUGAAAAAGGUAAAGUUAACGCUGCUUUUUCAUUUUUAAGAUUUGUAGACAUGUCACCGUAUGAGGCCGGCUAUAUAUUCAAAGGUAACUUGGUGGAAAGAUGGAUCGAGCAUUUAGCUAAACGAGACCAACGCGCAAGGCGAAGAUUCUAUCAACAUGAACCUACCUCAGCAGCUAAUACAUAUGGCAUGCUGCUGAUAUCCGAUAUAGAAACGUCUACAUCCCCUUAUGUCAUCACACCAGGAUCAGCAUUAGAUGAACUGACGCAUGUUUCUGAUAAACUGGUGCACCCUGCAAGUCUAUUUGAUCAAUUUUUCCUACCGCCUGCCAGAGCUGUACCUAUAGAUAUCGUUUGUGAUGAUGUAUCAUUUAUUAGAGAAAAGCGAAAUAUUAUGUUUAAUACAGACAUCAGAGCAUGUUUCUUUGGCACACCCAAGUAUAUAAGUAAGCAGACACCUGAACAAGCAUGUAAUCUAUCCAGUGUUGUUCGAAAAUCAGAGACUGGCAUCAUGACAGUUCCUGCUACAGGACAUGGCUUCUCUUGGAUGAAAAUACCAUCCAUGAAGGACGUUAUCCUUGACUCUGGCAAGUUGGCUACUUUGGAUAAACUGCUGGAAAAACUAAAGUCUGAAAAUCACCGAUGCCUUGUCUAUUUCCAGAUGACAAAAAUGAUUGAUUUGUUUGAAGAAUAUAUUUCGUACAAGCAGUACAAAUAUCUUCGUCUGGAUGGUUCUUCCAAGAUAUCAGAAAGAAGAGAUAUGGUUCAGGACUGGCAGACAAGGCCUGAGAUCUUUAUAUUCUUGCUUAGUACACGUGCUGGUGGUUUAGGUAUUAACCUGACAGCUGCAGAUACCGUUAUCUUUUAUGACAGUGACUGGAACCCCACCGUGGAUCAACAGGCAAUGGAUCGUGCUCAUCGAUUAGGUCAAACAAAACAAGUAACUGUAUACCGUCUGAUUACAAGAAAUACGAUUGAAGAAAGAAUCCUUCAGAGAGCCAAGCAAAAGGAUGAGAUUCAAAAAGUCGUCAUUUCUGGUGGUGAGUUCAGACAAGUCGACUUUAAGCCAAGAGAAAUUGUAUCACUGCUAUUGGAUGAUGAAGAACUGGACGACAAGUUACAGCAACAACUAAAACGAAAAGCAGAUGAAGACGAAGAACAAAAGAAACGACAGACGAAGCGAAUCAAACGAUCUGCAGGAGGUGACUCAACGCCCACUCUUAGUUCAGCCAAUGUAGAUCGAUUAUUUAGCGCAGGAGAAGAUAUCAUACUAGACGACGACUCUAGUGGGGCAUCGACGCCCCAAGUGAAAAAGACAAAAGCAAGUAGAAUUGGUAGACCAAGGACGAAUAUUUCAUUUACAGGAUAA